CAACGUGUCACUUGGAGAACAAAGUGAAAAUACUUUUCGUGAUCACACUUUCAUCGGCAGUCGCAUCGAAGUAGUGUUCUUUUUCUUUGCGCUACGUGUUUGAAGAGGUUUGCAUAUCGCCAUCAAUGCAUGAUGAAGGAAGGAAAGAGAUAGAUGAAUCGUCAGUGCAUGCGAGCGUGAAAAAGACAGGUGUGCGUUUUCACCAACACCAACCGUGUACGGUCAAAACUAACAAUCAGCUGCAGCCUGCAGCAACUGCAAUCGCCAUCGCCCACCACACACACUGCCGAAAGCCGUAAAAAGAAGAAAACAAUCGCAUUUGGUUUUGCUGCUGGUGUAUUUUGCCAUUAUCGAUAGUCUGCUAGAAGAGAGAUUAAUCCUGCCGAUAGUGGUACCGAAAUAAGAAAGCGCAGGAAAAUCGAAGUGGUGCAAAAAAUGCAGGGCCAAGUUCCCGGCACACAGACGGCCCAGCCACCGUCAGUGCAGCAGAUCCAGGUCCAGACCCAACCUCAGACGGUGGUCAUACAACAGCAAGCAACGCCACAGGCAAUCCAGGUUCAGGUCCAACAGCAGCAAGUCGUACAGAACAAUGCUAAAAUCGAUCAGAGCCAGCAGUUGUCAUCAGUCGGUCUACUAGAACUGGCACAUCGCGAAUACCAGGCGGUGGAUUACGAAAAUGCCGAACGACACUGCAUGCAGCUGUGGCGGCAGGAAAGCAACAACACCGGCGUCCUGCUGCUUCUGUCGUCGAUUCACUUCCAGUGCCGACGGUUAGACAAGUCGGCCCAGUUUUCGACACUGGCCAUCAAACAGAAUCCCCUCCUGGCCGAGGCGUACAGCAAUCUGGGCAACGUGUACAAGGAGCGUGGCCAGUUGCAGGAAGCCCUAGAAAACUAUCGCCAUGCCGUUCGCUUGAAGCCGGAUUUCAUCGAUGGCUACAUCAACCUGGCAGCCGCGUUAGUAGCAGCUCGCGACAUGGAACAGGCGGUCCAAGCCUAUGUCACAGCGCUCCAGUACAAUCCGGAUCUCUACUGCGUGCGGAGCGAUUUGGGUAACCUGUUGAAAGCGCUCGGCAGACUAGACGAGGCCAAGGCAUGCUACCUGAAGGCGAUCGAAACACGGCCGGACUUUGCGGUAGCCUGGAGCAACCUGGGCUGCGUGUUCAACGCCCAGGGCGAGAUAUGGCUCGCGAUUCAUCACUUCGAGAAAGCGGUCGCACUGGAUCCGAACUUUUUGGACGCCUACAUCAACCUGGGCAACGUGCUGAAGGAGGCGAGGAUUUUCGACCGAGCCGUUGCGGCAUACCUUCGGGCACUGAACCUGUCCCCAUACAAUGCGGUCGUGCAUGGAAAUUUGGCUUGCGUAUACUACGAGCAGGGCCUCAUCGAUCUGGCCAUCGAUACCUAUCGUCGAGCGAUUGAACUGCAGCCAAAUUUCCCGGAUGCAUACUGUAAUCUGGCGAAUGCCCUCAAAGAGAAAGGUCAAGUCCAGGAGGCGGAAGAUUGCUACAAUACCGCCUUACGUCUCUGCCCGAACCAUGCCGAUUCGCUCAACAAUCUCGCCAACAUCAAGCGAGAACAGGGCUACAUCGAAGAAGCGACACGGCUAUAUCUGAAAGCUUUGGAGGUUUUCCCCGAGUUUGCUGCAGCUCAUUCCAAUCUUGCAUCCGUACUGCAGCAGCAGGGCAAAUUAAAUGAAGCCCUUUUGCACUACAAGGAAGCCAUCCGCAUUCAGCCAACGUUUGCCGAUGCUUAUUCCAACAUGGGAAACACCCUGAAGGAAAUGCAGGAUGUUGCUGGAGCACUGCAAUGCUAUACCCGGGCGAUCCAAAUCAACCCGGCUUUCGCUGAUGCACACAGUAAUCUGGCUAGCAUUCACAAAGACUCCGGAAACAUUCCGGAUGCCAUCCAGUCGUACCGAACGGCGUUGAAACUGAAACCGGACUUCCCAGAUGCGUACUGCAAUUUGGCCCACUGUUUGCAGAUUGUGUGCGAUUGGACCGAUUACGAAACUCGCAUGAAGAAGUUGGUGGCAAUUGUGGCGGAUCAGUUGGACAAGAACCGAUUGCCAUCGGUUCAUCCGCACCACUCGAUGUUGUAUCCGUUGUCGCAUGAUUUCCGCAAGGCGAUUGCAGCUCGGCAUGCAAAUCUUUGUCUGGAGAAAAUUCACAUUCUUCACAAGCCACCGUAUAAGUUCUCGCGGGAACUGGGCGGACGGCUGAGAAUCGGUUACGUGAGCAGCGACUUUGGAAACCAUCCGACUUCCCAUCUCAUGCAGUCGAUUCCGGGAAUGCAUGAUCGAUCCAGAGUUGAAGUUUUUUGCUAUGCUCUCAGUCCCGACGAUGGAACCAUGUUCCGAAGUAAGAUUUCUCGUGAAACGGAACACUUUGUCGAAUUGUCGCAGAUUGCUUGCAACGGAAAAGCCGCCGAUCGAAUCCACGCCGAUGGCAUUCACAUUUUGGUCAAUAUGAAUGGGUACACCAAAGGAGCCCGCAAUGAAAUAUUCGCCCUGAGGCCUGCACCGAUUCAGGUCAUGUGGUUGGGCUACCCAGGAACUAGUGGUGCUAGUUUCAUGGAUUACAUCAUAACCGACACUGUCACAUCUCCGAUGGAACUAGCCGAUCAAUAUAGUGAAAAACUGGCCUACAUGCCUCACACGUACUUCAUUGGUGACCACCGGCAAAUGUUCCCUCAUUUGAAGGAACGACUCAUCGUGAGCGGUAAGCAGCAGAAUAGUCAACUAGUGGACAACGUCGCAGUCAUUAACGCGACCGAUUUGUCGCCGCUGGUAGAAAACAACGAUGUAAAAACGAUACGCGAAGUGGUGCUCGCACACAAGCCGGUUGAAAUUUCGCACAAAGUUGUAGAACUCCCCACCACAACUCCGGUGGAAACGAUGAUCGCUUCCGGACAGAUCCAGACCUCGCUAAACGGUGUCGUUGUACAGAACGGAUUGGCCACUACUCAGACCAACAACAAGGCAGCCACGGGAGAGGAAGUUCCACAGAAUAUCGUCGUGACGACACGACAGCAGUACGGCCUUCCGGACGAUGCCAUCGUGUACUGCAACUUCAACCAACUGUACAAGAUCGAUCCACACACGCUCGCUUCGUGGGUUAAUAUCUUGAAGCAUGUCCCCAACUCGGUGCUGUGGUUGCUCCGCUUCCCGGCCGUCGGCGAGACAAACAUCCAGGCAGCGGCCCAGCAGCUCGGUGUUGCUCCGGGAAAGAUCAUUUUCUCGAAUGUUGCUGCCAAAGAGGAACACGUACGCCGUGGUCAGCUGGCCGAUGUGUGCCUGGAUACGCCUUUGUGCAACGGUCACACCACCUCUAUGGACGUACUGUGGACGGGAACGCCCGUCGUCACACUCCCAGCGGAAACGUUGGCCUCCAGGGUGGCAGCAUCGCAGUUGGCUACGCUCGGAUGUCCGGAGUUGAUCGCCCGAAGCCGACAGGAGUACCAGGACAUUGCCAUCAAACUCGGCACCGACAAGGAGUACCUAAAGGCGAUCCGAGCCAAAGUUUGGGUGGCACGUUGCGAAAGUGCACUGUUUGAUUGCAAACAGUACGCCCAAGGUAUGGAGGCGUUGUUCUACAAGAUGUGGGAACGGUGCGCCCGCGGCGAAAAAGCCGACCAUAUAUCGGCCAAGGAGGGCUCCAAGUAAGCAUACCAGAAUACAGUUUGAUAGAGCGGAAAUGGGAACAUUUACCUGCGUUGUGGGUCACCUUUUAGAUGUUAACGUGUUGGCAGUUAAAUGAAGUUUUCAUUUAGGCAGGUGUAUAACUGCUAGACACAACUGGAACGUUUUCUUUCCAUCGAAUCACAAGAAGCAGGGCUCUAAUUUGGAAACUUGACACUUGUACCUAGAGAAGGCUUGUAUCCUAUUUAAAUUUUAGUUAAAUAACUUUAAGGAAAUGUAUAGAGUUUAGUAUUUGUUCGAUCGAUGAAGGUAGCAUUUGAUUAAUUUCAAUGAUGAUUAAGACAGAAAAGAUAUAAUUAGGGAUGCGCCCAUUUGAAAAAAAAUAUAUAUAAUAUUUCAUACCUUCGAUCGUUUAUUGCACACAUUUUUUCCUGCGUUGGAUUCGAAUUUACUAUGCUUUCGUCAGAGUAUAUGGAUUUACAAAUAUAGUUCUGUAGAAAGCCUGUGUAAUGGACGUUAGAAAAAUAUAUCUUUUUUCUAGCUGCACUAGGAAGUGAGAUAUUGUUGAUAUAAACAAAUAUAUAACAAAAAAAAUAAACUGCACUGCUCUUAGCAGAUAUUUAAAUCGUCGCAAAACAAGCAAUGCUUUAAUUCCCUGAUGUAGAUAGCGCCAAACUCAACACACACAGACACACUCACUCUUACAGUUCCAGCCAUUGCCAGCAAUUUUGCAUUUCUGAGUGCGCUUCAGUUAAAACAAGCAAAAUAUGAACAACAAAUACUGGCAUCAAAAACAACAGCAGCAGGAUGGAAGAAAACCUUAGAAUUAGAUUUGUUUAACAGCAAAAGCUACAACAUAAUAUAACAGAGCGCGUUUUGCAUAUCUUCAAAUUUGAACUCAUGAGUGAAUGUGUACACAGAGAUUGAAACAUAACACAACAAGCCAAAUGCUGAAAGCCGGAUUUUAAUAAUCCGAUAAAAACAAAUGUGAAAUAAACCAACAAGUGAUGAUGAGUGAAUGAUGAACGAACGAUUCAUAAGCAGUCACCUACGAAGCACACGACGGUCCGCAGUCCGAAUAAAUUGACGGCUGACGAUACCUGGUGCGGUAAUAUGAAAGUGACUGUUUUUGCUAAGCGCCGCCACAUUUAUUGGUCAAUACAGUAGUAGGUGUAGUGUGAUAUGAGACCGACGGCAACAUUUUGUAAAUAGAUUCGUUUCCCCCUCUCCGCUAUCUAAGGCGAUGGCACAGAAAAAAAAAGCAAAUUACAGCUAUUUUCUGUGUAGGAAAACAAACACAACUAUAUUAGUGAUAGUACGAAAUAAAUUCAUGUUACUUAAUGAAAAA